GUGAAAACAAUUUUUCGUUUGUUUUUUUUCCAAUACACAAAGAAAAGAAAAAAAAAUUUUUUUUUAAUUAAAAAAGUAACUAAACCUAAACAAAGUGAACUCUUAUACAUAAUAAAAUAAAAUUAAAAAAACGCAAAUAAAUAAAAUAAAUAAAUAAAAUAAAACAAAAUAAAAAUAAAAUGUCUUCAUCGCAAGCUAUACGUUCAUCGAAAUACUCCUAUAGGGCCACCUCAACUGGACCGGGUGCUGCCGAUAUCAACAUAGAAUAUGUCGCCGAUUUAAGCGCCCUCUCACGCCUUGAGGAUAAAAUUCGAUUACUCCAAGAUGAUCUUGAAGUUGAGCGUGAAUUACGCCAAAGGAUCGAACGCGAGAAAGCCGAUCUCAGUGUCCAAGUCAUUCAGAUGUCUGAACGUCUUGAGGAGGCUGAAGGUGGUGCUGAACAUCAAUUUGAGGCUAAUCGUAAACGUGACGCUGAAUUGAUAAAAUUACGUAAAAUGUUGGAAGAUGUUCACUUGGAAUCCGAAGAAACUGCCAUGUUGCUUAAGAAGAAGCAUAACGAAAUUAUAUCCGAUUUUCAAGAACAAGUUGAAAUCCUAACAAAAUCGAAGUCUAGAGCCGAAAAAGAGAAAUCGAAAUUCCAGGCUGAAAUUUACGAGUUGCUCAGUCAAAUCGAAUCAUAUAAUAAAGAGAAAUUGAUGUCUAGUAAAACUAUUGAAAGAUUGGAAAUUACAAUAACUGAAUUGAAUAUUAAGAUUGAAGAGCUAAAUCGUACCGUUAUUGAUAUUACCUCGCACAAGACUCGGCUUUCGCAAGAAAACAUUGAACUGAUCAAGGACGUCCAAGAUCUCAAAUCGCAAUUGGACACUGUCUCAUUUUCCAAGAGCCAGGUCAUCUCCCAAUUGGAAGAUGCUCGUCGCCGUUUGGAAGAUGAAGACCGUCGUCGUUCGAUGUUGGAAUCUUCGCUUCAUCAAGUUGAGAGCGAAUUAGAAUCGAUUCGCAUUCAACUCGAAGAAGAGUCGGAAGCCCGUAUUGACUUGGAACGUCAGUUAGUCAAGGCCAAUGCCGAUGCCACUUCUUGGCAAAAUAAAUAUCUUGCCGAAGCGGCUGCCCGUGCUGAGGAGUGCGAGGAAAUCCGUCGUAAAUAUCAGGUGCGCAUCACCGAACUGGAAGAACACGUUGAAGUUUUAAUUGUUAAAAUUAACAAUUUGGAGAAACAAAAGACUCGCUUACAAAGCGAAGUAGAAGUAUUGAUCAUUGACUUGGAGAAAUCGAACAAUAGUUGCCGCGAAUUGCAAAAAUCUGUAACUAUCUUGGAGAAGCAUAAUAUCGAGCUUAAGACGCGCCUAGAUGAGACCAUAAUUCUAUUCGAGAACAGUCAACGCGAUUUGAAGAACAAACAGGCUGACUUGCAACGUGCCAUUCAUGAAUUGGAGAAGGUUAAGGAUGCCAACAAUCAAUUGGCGCGAGAGAACAAAAAAAUGGGAGAUGAUCUACAUGACGCUAAGGCUGCACUUAACGAAAUGAAUCGUCGUUUGCAUGAAAUGGAAUUAGAAUUGCGUCGUUUGGAAAAUGAACGCGAAGAAUUGACUGCCGCCUACAAGGAGGCUGAGGCUGGUCGCAAGGCCGAGGAGCAACGUGCUCAACGUGUAUCUGCCGACUUUAAUCAGUAUCGUCAUGAUGCCGAACGUCGUCUUACCGAGAAGGACGAAGAAAUUGAAUGUAUUCGCAAGCAGACUGCUUUAGAAAUCGAACAAUUGAAUGCUCGCGUCAUUGAAGCCGAAACCCGUUUAAAGACCGAAGUGCAACGCAUCAAGAAGAAGUUGCAAAUCCAGAUCACCGAAUUGGAAAUGAGCUUGGAUGUCGCCAACAAAACCAAUAUUGACUUACAGAAGGUUAUUAAGAAGCAAUCGUUGCAAUUGACCGAAUUGCAAGCCCACUACGAAGAUGUUCAACGUCAGUUGCAGACCACUUUGGAUCAGUAUGGUGUCGCCCAACGUCGCUUGGCCUCCAUGAACGGCGAAUUGGAAGAGGUUCGCUCCCAACUGGAUAGUGCUAGUCGCGCUAAGCGUACCGUUGAAUUACAAUUCGAGGAGGCCCAAACUCGCAUUAAUGAACUACACGUAACCAAUGUAAACUUGGUAUCGAUGAAAUCGAAAUUGGAACAGGAAUUGUCUGUGGUGGCUACCGAUUAUGAAGAAGUCACUAAAGAAUUGCGUAUCAGUGAUGAACGCUACCAGAAGGUCUCGGUUGAACUCAAGCAUACCAUUGAACAGAUCCACGAAGAACAAGAACGUAUUGUGAAAUUGGAAACUAUUAAGAAAUCUUUGGAAGUCGAAGUUAAGAACUUGUCUGUACGUUUGGAAGAGGUCGAGUUGAAUGCUGUGGCUGGUAGCAAACGUAUCAUUAGCAAAUUGGAGGCGCGCGUACGUGAUUUAGAACUUGAAUUGGAGGAGGAGAAGCGAAGACACGCCGAAACUAUUAAGAUUUUGAGGAAAAAGGAACGCACUGUCAAAGAAGUGAUGGUGCAAUGCGAAGAGGAUCAACGAAAUAUUGCCUUGUUGCAAGAGGCUUUGGAUAAAUCCGUCGCCAAGGUCAAUCUAUUUAAACGCCAAUUAAGUGAACAGGAGGGCAUGUCUCAACAAUCUGUUACCCGCGUGCGCCGUUUCCAACGUGAAUUGGAGGCAGCUGAAGAACGCGCUGAAGUCGCAGAGACCAAUUUGAAUAUGGUUCGCGCCAAGCAUCGCACCUUUGUUACCACCUCAACUGUGCCCGGUUCCCAAGUCUUCAUCCAAGAGACCACAAGAACGAUCACCGAAUAAAUUGAUUUAUAAUUUUAUUUUAGUUCUUUUUUCUCUUUUUUUUUUUUUUUUGUUAUUCAACAA